AUGAAGUUGGACCAAACCUUUGCCGUCUCUUUCACUCUGAAAAAAAAAAAAACCAACGACGACCACCGCUACCGCACCUUUACCACCACAGGUAGCCGCCGUCGUUCGAACCACCACCAUCUCCGAUUCAAUUCCACGCCCUCGCACACUUCGCACAACCAGGAAAAUUUUCCCCAAUUUCUUCAACUUCAGCUUCAGUUUCCGGCGACCUGGAAAUUCGAAGCGUGAAUUGUUGCUCUGUUGUUUUAUUUGCAUGACUGGUCCAAGGGUUUCUGCUCAAUAUAUUGGUUCUCGGAUUCUGCAGUUGGUGCCCGAUUUCGAUAUUUUCGAGAUCGGUGACAUCGUUCUGUGAGAGGAUUAGGGUUUUCGACCAAGGUUUAAGGGAUUUAUAGGGUUUAUGUUGGAGGUGUAGAAUUAGCAUGGUUUUGUUGUUUUUUUGAAUUUGAUCUGAUUGAAAUUAGGAUGUGCGUUUGGUGACGAAGGGAGAUUGAGGAUGGUGAGGUUUCUAGGGUUGAGUAUUGGUUAUGCUGAUGAGCCGCGGGAAAUCGUGUCAAGGUCAAACCUGACCAGUGAGUCCAGUGAAAAUGGUUGGCUCAUCAGGUUCUUUGACUCGGCGUUUUUCUGUGAGUGGAUUGCUGUUAGCUACUUGUAUAAGCAUGAUCAUGCAGGGGUGCGUGAUUAUCUCUGUAAUAGAAUGUACACUCUUCCGUUGCAAGGGCUUGAGAGUUAUUUGUUCCAGAUAUGUUACAUGAUGAUACACAGGCCUAGUCCGUCGUUGGAUAAAUUUGUGAUAGAUAUAUGCGCAAAGUCGCUGAAGAUUGCUUUGAAGGUGCAUUGGUUCUUGAUGGCGGAGCUUGAGGACUCUGAUGAUAAUGAAGGGAUUAGUAGGAUUCAGGAGAAGUGUCAGACCGCCGCCACUUUGAUGGGUGAGUGGCCGCCUCUGAUACGGCCACAAACUGAACCUCCAAGCCCUGGAGGCAAGAGCCAAGUUUUAAACAGGUUGCUCUCGUCGAAAAAUCGUUUGUUGUCACUAACAUCCUCACCGCCUAGUCUGUCUUUAUCAUUUUCACCUUCCUCAGGUAACAAUUUGCAAGGGGACGGCAACCCGCUGUCUCCUGAUGAGAACAAGUUGUUUAAGAGGUUUAUGCCGAGUCCAAAGGUUAGAGAUGCUUUUCUUUUUAGGAAGUCAAUGGACAAAGAUAACGAUGAUAAGGAUGGCUUUUUUAAGAGGCUUUUGAGAGAUAGCAAAGGUGACGAAGAGCUGGGGCAAAAAAUUCGUGAUGCAUUUCACUUUCGGAAAUCAUCUGAGAAAGAUGACGGGGACCCUGAAAAAGACAAUUUCUUGAAAAGGUUAUUAAGAGACAGUAAGGACAGUAGAGGUGACGAGGAAGACUCUGAAAAGGAUGGCUUCUUCCGGAGACUCUUAAGGGACAAUAAAGGUGAAGAUGAGGAUGUGACCUCAAGUUCUGAGGGAUUUUUUAAGAAGUUGUUUCGUGAUAGCAAGAAUGAAGAUAGAUCAUACACUAAAACAAUGGAAGAUGAAGAGAAGGAGGGGUUCUUUAAAAGGUUGUUUCGUGAUAGCAAGAAUGACUCUGAAGACAGGACAGAUACUAAAACAAUGGAAGAUGAAGAAAAAGAGGGACUUUUCCGAAAGCUUUUCCGGGAGAAAUUGGAAGAUAGGAAGGAUGGGAGUGAUAGGAAUGAUAGCAGAGAUGUUGCUAAUUCUGAAGAAAAAUGUGCAAAAGCUGCUGAAGAGGAUGAAAAGGAAGGAUUUUUCCGGAAAUUAUUUAAGGAUAAAUUUGAGGACAAGAAAAAUACAAAUGAUAAAAUUGAAGAGGGUACUGCCAGUAUUGAGGAAGAAGAGCCUUCUGAGUUUUCCUUGUUCAAAAGACUAUUUCGUGUGCACCCUGAAGAUGCUAAAAGUAGCCUGGUCAAUGAAAACAGUAAUAAUAGUGGCUUAUUUGAAAGUAGUCCAGGUACAGAGAAUUUUUUUCGUAAAUUGUUCAAGGACCGUGAUCGUUCAAUUGAAGAUUCAGAGCUAUUGGGGUCAAAGAGACAGAAAGAGAAGCAUCCCGGAUCCCCAAAACAGCAGACUGAAAAAUCAAGCACAAAGCCCCCGUUACCAAUUAAUCCAUCUCAGUUCCGGAAAGGGGCUUACCAUGGUUCACUGGACUUUGUCCAGUCUUUAUGUGAGACAUCAUAUGGGUUAGUGGAUGUAUUUCCAGUUGAAGAUCGCAAAAACGCUCUUUGUGAGGCGCUUGCAGAGAUCAAUUUACAUGUAACAGAGGCUCAGAACACUGGAGGAGUUUGUUUUCCGUUGGGAAAGGGCAUGUAUCGUGUUCUUCAUAUACCUGAGGACGAAGCUGUUCUCUUGAAUUCUAGGGAGAAGGCACCUUACAUGAUCUGCACAGAAGUUUUGAGAUGUGAAAUGCCAAGUAAUCCCAAGGAGACAUCCAGUUCUCAGAAACUUUCUCAAGGUGGAAUUCCUUUGGCAAAUGGAGAUGCUCUGUUGCAUAAACCACCCCCUUGGGCUUAUCCAUUGUCGACAGCACAAGAGGUGUACCGUAAUAGCAAUGAUAGGAUGUCCAGAUCGACUGCUCAAGCAAUUGACCAGGCAAUGACUCAUGUAUCUGAGACAAAAGUCAAAUUUGUUAGUCUGCAUCUUUCUGUGGAAACACAAAUAAAUGGUCAGUCAGGGAAAACUGGAGUGGCUGAUCUAUGUAACGGCAGUCGGCAUCCUGCUUCAAUUUAUAGAGAAGACUGGAAUGAUUUGGAAUGGGUACGAGUUGUGUUGACAGCUGAUCCAGGGGUUAGAAUGGAAGAUAUUGAGGACCAAGCACCUCGUCGGAAGAAGGAGCACCGCCGCGUUCCAAGUAUGGUAGCAAUGGAGGAAGUAAAGGCUGCAGCAGCAAAAGGGGAAGCACCUAUUGGACUCCCUUUGAAAGGUGCUGGUCAAGAUUCAUCAGAGACACAACCAAAGGCUAAUGGAAUUACUCCCAGAGCCAGUGAUGCAUUGUCUGGUGAACUUUGGGAGGCAAAGAAAGAUAGGAUAUGCAAGGCUUCAAUAUAUGGGAAAUUACCUGGUUGGGACUUGCGAUCUGUUAUUGUUAAAAGUGGUGAUGAUUGCAGGCAGGAGCAUCUGGCUGUUCAACUUAUUUCUCACUUCUACGAUAUUUUCCAAGAGGCUGGUCUACCUCUCUGGCUGCGCCCUUAUGAAGUUUUGUGUACUUCUUCGUAUACAGCUUUAAUUGAAACAAUUCCAGAUACGGCUUCUCUACAUUCUAUCAAAAGUAGAUAUCCCAACAUCUCAAGUUUACGUGAAUUCUUCAAUGCUAAGUAUGAAGAAAAUUCUCCAAGUUUUAAACUUGCCCAGAGGAACUUUGUUGAGAGUAUGGCAGGAUAUUCCCUGGUGUGCUACUUUCUACAGGUGAAGGAUAGGCAUAAUGGGAACCUCCUAUUGGAUGAAGAAGGUCAUAUCAUACACAUUGAUUUUGGCUUUAUGCUUUCCAAUUCACCUGGUGGUGUUAAUUUUGAAAGUGCACCUUUCAAAUUAACACGUGAGCUUCUUGAGGUUAUGGAUUCUGAUGCUGAGGGUGUUCCGAGCGAGUUCUUUGAUUAUUUUAAGGUUUUAUGCAUUCAAGGCUUCCUUACUUGCCGCAAGCAUGCUGAGCGUAUUAUUCUUCUCGUUGAGAUGUUGCAGGAUUCAGAUUUCCCAUGCUUUAAUGGUGGUACACGGACGAUACAAAACUUGCGAAAGCGAUUCCAUCUCAGUUUAACAGAAGAGCAAUGUGUCUCCUUGGUGCUUUCGCUUAUCAGCAGUAGCCUGGAUGCUUGGAGGACUCGGCAGUAUGACUAUUAUCAGAAGGUUUUGAAUGGAAUAUUGUGAUUUGUCAGUGGUGAUCUCUUGCUUGUUCCCUUUUGGCCAAGCUUGCCUAGUGAAUGCUCAUCAAUAACGAUUGCAUUUUAAGUUACUAGUGGGAGUGGUUGGUUCAAUGUGGAUAGUGGCUUUAGAGGGUGGGGAGAUUUCGUAGGUGGCAGCAUGCUGCCCCUUAUCUCCCAACAGAUGGCAGAUUCUAACUUGCCAAAAAAUGUCGACAUAAACCGGGCUAAAUUUCUGUAGCCAGGUCUAUUUUAUUUCUUUCCCUCCCUCAUUUAUGUGAAUGAAGAAGCUCUGCUGGUUGGAGAAGCUGCAUUGGCCUCCUAAAUGCUGAGAGAUAACGCAGAGUGUACAGUGAUUUUUAACGGGACAGACCAAAAAUUGGAUGUUGAGAUGGGAGUGACUGAUUCAUCUACAGUAUUGGGGUGUGUUUAAAGUGUUGAGCGGAUACUGGACUAGUAGAAUUUGAAUGACCUGUAUGUGGGAAAUCAUGGACAUACCUUCAGUAUUGUGGAACUGCUCUGUAACUUUUUCCUUUUCUCAGCUGUUCAAUGGUGUCUAUCUUCGAUGAGUUUGAUCCUUCCUUCAAUAGACUUUGAAAAAUUGUGAUCAAUAUUCUUCAAUGAUGUGUGAUUUGACUUGACUUAUUGUAUCUGAUUCAAGGUGAAAUUUAUUUCACCUUUAUAUCAAUCAUGUAAAGUAGUGAAGGUUUGGUGGCA